UGAGUUGUGAGGUGUUGUGAGAUUAUAAGUGUGAAGCAUGGCUAAACAAGAGUUCUUGAAGGCAGUAGAACAAUAUGACCAUGCUGCCUUCCUUACAAUCCUCCAACACCAUGGAAGUAAACGUAGCACUGUUGAUCUAGAAGAAAUUCUCAUUGAGUUAAAUCGCAAACAAAAGGAACAAAUAUGGGUCAGUCUUCAUUCUUGGACUGAUGUUCAACUUAAAAAAUUAGUGGAGGAUAAUGGACCUGAGGGAGACGUGGUGGAGCCUGACCAGCCUCCUGAUGAGCAAAGUAAAGGCCCGCCACAGAAUGAUGGAUCAGUCAGCCAGAGCUGUCAAGAUCCACCACAAAUUGAAGGAUCUGCCAGCCAGGGCCAUCAAUAUCUACCGAUUAAGGAACCAUCUGAGCCUUAUAAUGCCAAGCUGAUGGAGGGAAUCCUGCAGUUUGCCUCCAUCUACCUCAACACUUUUAAAGAAGAGGAAAUAUUUAUUCCGGACAAGUUAUUGGAAUUUGCUGGUGAGUAA